AUCUCACCGCGGCGACACAAACUGGGCUCGUUGAAGACGCCAGUCGGUUUCAUCUCGUCGGAUCAUUUCAGUCACGUGUUCCUCGGGUCGCCCACGUGACCCCGUGGGGCCGACCAAUAGGGUUGCGCGGUUUGUCCUGGGCAGAGCGAAAGGAAGAGGGGCAAAAAAACAUUUUUUCCUUUGCGAUUUUUAAUCUUGCAACGCCGAAAGUGGUCCUCAUCUACUGUGUCCUGCGCUACAUUAAGGCGACCGGUUGGCCGACUCCACCAUCACACUCGCGUUUGGCCCUUGAACUCCUCUCUGACGUCACCGCGCCCCUUCCUUCACAUCCAAUCCCAACAUGGAGCCCAUCAAGGUCCAAUCAGAAGGUGGACUGAAUGUGACCCUCACCAUCAGGCUGCUGAUGCACGGCAAGGAGGUCGGAAGCAUCAUAGGAAAGAAAGGAGAAACGGUGAAGAAAAUGCGUGAAGACAGCGGAGCCCGCAUCAACAUCUCAGAGGGGAACUGCCCCGAGCGGAUCGUCACCAUCACCGGGCCUACGGACGCCAUUUUCAAGGCCUUCGCCAUGAUAGCCUACAAGUUCGAGGAGGAUAUAAUCAACUCCAUGAGCAACAGUCCAGCCACCAGUAAACCCCCCGUGACCCUGAGGCUCGUGGUGCCGGCCAGCCAGUGUGGCUCCCUCAUCGGCAAAGGAGGCUCCAAAAUCAAAGAAAUGAGAGAGUCCACAGGGGCUCAGGUCCAGGUUGCCGGUGACAUGCUGCCAAACUCCACGGAGAGAGCGGUGACGAUCUCAGGCGCCCCGGAGGCCAUCAUCCAGUGUGUCAAACAGAUAUGUGUGGUGAUGCUUGAGGCUUAUACCAUUCAAGGACAGUACGCCAUCCCUCAUCCAGAUUUGAGCAAGCUCCACCAGUUGGCUAUGCAGCAAACCCCCUUUAACCCCCUCGGACAGACCACCCCUGCCUUCCCCGCAGGUCUGGAUGCCAGUAACCAGGCCAGUACUCAUGAACUCACCAUUCCCAAUGAUCUAAUAGGCUGCAUAAUCGGACGCCAGGGAACCAAAAUCAACGAGAUCCGUCAGAUGUCUGGGGCACAGAUCAAAAUUGCUAACGCCAUGGAAGGGUCAUCGGAGCGCCAGAUCACCAUCACAGGGACCCCCGCCAACAUCAGCCUUGCCCAGUACCUCAUCAAUGCAAGGUUCAGAGACGUGGCGGCCAUGUGGAACGACCCAACUUCCAUGACCACAUCCUGAGAUCGCUGACUGGCUCCUUCGUUUGGCCCCUUCCAAUGACAGACUCCUGCAGACAACCCUGAUGAAGCCCUUCGGACUCUGGCUCUGGCUCUCCGAAAACGCUGAGCGCCUUCCCGCCCUGGUUCAAAAGUUGUUUAUAAGUCAGGGAGGGUUGUGCGACCACUUUUGUUUCGGAGAGCCAAAUUAGAUUAGAGCCAAACAAAAAAAUUAUUACAAAAAAGGAUUUCUCUGUUAUGUUAAAGCAUGUUGAAUGUUUAUUAGGAACAACUUGUGUUCAUCUUUUUCUUCUUCUUCUUCUCUCUAUUUAUUGCUUUCUCUUUCUCACUGUCAGUGCUGAGUCAUCAUUAAAAGUAUAAUCUUGUAAGAUUGAGCAUUUUUGUAGGACGUAGUUAUUUGCAUAUAACUUACAGCUGCGCAGUGAUGCUAUCGGCAGAGUGUGUGGUGGGAUGUAGCCAAAGUAUCAAAUUUUGAUAAUAUAUUUUGGAAAAGAAAAAAAAUUGGACCGUUCUCUUUUGUCCCAAUUUGCAUCUCCGUCGACUCACGAAUCCAAUCUCCACCCACGACUCUUUGCUGCAUCACAUGACCUUUCCAAGCCAAUGGUAUCACUCCUAGAGCCUCCCUUCUGCUGUUCAUUCCCCAUAUUUACAUUAUUGAUUAUAUUGCAUGUUUUCAAUGUCGUGUCGUUGGGUAUUUCAGUAAACCCGUUGAGUGUACGCGUUCCUUCGCGUUAGCGUUAUACCUCCGUGCUCCUGUUCUUUACCGAAAAACUUUCAACAUUCUUGGCCAUUCGCGUCUAGU